UUAUGACAAACCCUUCAUUGAAAUGUCACUAUCGAUGUUAUCACAAACAAUAACUUGUAUUCAUUGUUGUUCUGAUUUAUACAAAAAGAUAAUAUUGUAUAAAUUACUGGCGUUGACACAUCAUGAGUAUAUAUUGGGAUAAUAAUUUCACACGUUUUCACUUGGCUUGUUGAUCGAAACAGUGAAGCCAUGGCGCGGUUUAUAUUUCAAGCCUUUUACUCCUCUAUUAUUGUUACAAUUGUAUUGGGCAGUUCAUUAAGUGACUUGCAAAGAAAUUACGCAGAUUUGGUAAUAGAAUGUGCGAAAGACUUUCCAAUAACUCCCGAAGACAUUGUUCAGUUACAGAACAAGCAACUACCAGAGAAGGAGCCGGUCAAAUGCUUGUUUGCUUGCGCUUACAAGAAAGCUGGAAUGAUGGAUGACGAAGGCAAAAUGUCUGUGGAAGGGGCACAGGAAGUUAUUAAAAAAUAUUUAUCUGACGACCCUGACACUAUGAAGAAAGCAAUCGAUUUUACUAACGCUUGCAGUUAUGUGAAUGAAGCAGAGGUCAGCGAUGGAACUAAAGGCUGUGAUAGAGCGGCGUUGAUGUUCCGUUGCAGCGUUGAUAAAGCCGAUGAGUUCGACAUUAAUCUUUGACAGAAGAAACGAAGACUUCAGACGUAGUCUAAUAAGCAAAAUUAUUAUAAUAUGCUUAGUAUAUUGUACUUUUAUUUUUAUUUGUAAAUAA